AUGUCGGGUGAUGAAAGUGACGCUGUGCCCGUCUUGCAGCCUGCUCUGGCGCAGGUGCAAGGACAGAGAUCGGUGGAUGCUACAAGGGCUAGUGUUGCUUCAUUAGCUCCACACAAUGUCUCCACUGCACUGAGGAUAGAUCUUCCUCCUGCAUUUAAAGGGGAUGGGACUGAAUCUUUUACGGGUUGGUCCAGACACUUUGAAGUCGCAGUGCAAGCUAUGUCUCCUCCUGAUGCAGAUCUGUCUACAGUGAUGGCCUCCAUUCUCCCGACACGCCUCGCUGAUGCUGCAUUUCUUUACUGGGACAGCUUGCCACCUUUGACCCAGAAGGACUAUGAUUCAGUUAAGGACAAGCUCAAAGGGGUUUUUGGACCAAGAUAUUCCCUGCCAUUCUUCCAAACUCAUGUGAAUGCCCGACCUCGAAAGCCAGGUGAGAGUUUGGAUGUUUACAGUGCAGACAUCACUCGCCUCAUGCUAGAAGCCUUUCCCAAUUAUGACCAAAAUGCACUAGACGGUAAGAAGUUUCGCCGCUUUGUUGCCGGCUUAGAUUCAACUUUGCAAUCAAAAAUUCAUGAGAUGGGUGCAGAGAACUUAGAGGAUGCACUGCGUGUUGCCAGCCGCUGUGAGAGAGCACGCGCAUCGCUUCAUCUGACCACUGCAGGAUCCCCUCACACACUGCCAUCAGAACAGGUAGCUAUGAUUCAACCCAAGCCCAAUGAUGAAAAGCUCCUUCAAGCAAUAGAGCAGCUCACUGUAACUGUGUCCAGCUCAAAACAUGAAGUACAGCAGUUAAGAGAUAAGAACAGUGACUCGGCUCAGCGUUUGGACUCCAGACCUAACAGAUCAUCCUCCCGUGGUGCUCCUUACAACGCACGCAGCCCCUCUCCUUCACCUUACCGUACCAGACCACGUUCCAGGGACCAUUACUCACCGGAACAGUAUUAUAGCCGUGAUCCUGAGUCUCGCUAUGGAAGUUCUCGUCCCCCUGCUCAUCAGAGAAGCCCUGAAUGGGACAACAUAGACAAACGGGACUCAUCGCCUCGCCAGUCCUACUAUUAUUCGAGUGAGGAUUUUCGCAACUCUCAUCCGGCUUUGAAGAAGCGUCCCACGACAGCCUCAUCUAUACCAGCUCGUUCAGUUAACGGACAGCGCUUGGACAUUUUGGGCAAGUUAACUAUCGGACUCAGACUUGGAAAACGGGUGUGGCAGCAAGAUUUUGAGGUUCUUAGAGGACAUGAAGUGGCCGCCUGCUGUAAUGUGUCUGUGUUAGCUCCUACAAAGAUUCCAGCUAUGAGUGAAACCCUCAUCACAGCCUGUGUUUCAGCAGCUACACCUGCUUCCCCUGUACCAACAGCCUACUGUGGUGUUCUCAUGCCCAACCCAGCCUGUGACGUCAUCGUCGCACACUCACUCAGUGAAGUUCAGAAGGGCACUACUGUUGUUAGAGUUUUGAAUCUGUCCACAGACGACAUUGAGCUGCAUUCUGGUCAACAUCUUGUACUUCGGAGAUACUCAGCAGUUUUUAGUAAAGACUCAGAGGACAGAGGUCGCACAGGUAUGAUUAAGCAUCAUAUUUACACUGGUGAGGCCACACCCAUUAAGCAGAGAGCCUACAGAGUGACACCAGAUCAGAGAGCUGAAAUACAGACUCAGGUUGAGACCCUGUUAAAGUCAGAUGUCAUUGAAGAAAGCUACAGCCCCUGGACUGCCCCAGUUGUUUUGGUGUGCAAGAAAAAUGGCACUUGGCGCUUCUGCCUGGACUAUCGAAAACUCAAUGCAGUGACAAUUAAAGACUCUCAUCCUCUUCCCAGAGUCGACGAUGCAUUGGAUGCUCUGUCUGGAUCUGCCUGGUUCUCCACCAUGGACCUUCAGCAUGGAUAUUGGCAGGUUGAGCUUGAUGAAAAAGACAGGGAAAAGACUGCUUUCACAACAGGCAGUGGACUUUAUCAUUUCAAAGUAAUGCCAAUGGGACUCACGAAUGCUCCAGCCACAUGCCAGCGUUUAAUGGAGAUGGUACUUUGUGGCCUUCCAUGGAAAACCUGCCUUGUGUAUUUAGAUGAUGUACUCAUCUACAGCCGCUCCUUCAGUGAACAUCUGCAGCAUCUGGAAGAAAUCCUCUCCAGAUUCCAGUCAAGUGGCCUCAAACUGAAUCCAUCUAAAUGCUGUUUUGCCAGAGAUCAGGUACAGUUUCUGGGCCAUGUUGUUUCAAAGAACGGCAUUCAGCCAGACCCCAAAAAUGUCAGAAGUGUUCAAGACUGGCCUACUCCCCGCUCAACGACAGAAGUCAGAGCAUUCCUGGGACUUUGUUCAUAUUACCGUAAGUUUAUCAGGAACUUUGCACACCAUAGUGUCCCCCUACAUGCACUUACUGAGAAUGCACAGUUUCAAUGGACAUCUCACUGCCAGGAUGCUUUCACUUACCUGAAACAUGCACUCACUAAUCCUCCAGUAGUUGCAUUCCCAGAUUUCACACUACCAUUUUUGCUCUACACUGACGCAUCAGGCUCUGCUAUUGGUGCUGUGCUAGCUCAGAAACAGGGACGUAAUGAUAAGGUAAUAGCAUAUGCUAGCCAUGUCCUCACAAAAGCAGAAAGAAAGUGGUCGACCUAUGAUAGAGAACUCUGGGCUAUAGUGUGGGCUGUAAGACAUUUCCGCCAUUACCUCUACAAGCAGCCCUUUGUCAUUGUAACAGACCAUAAGCCCCUUCUUGGCAUCAGGAAGAUACCCAUUGAUAAUGACAGAACUGGUCGUCGUGCACUUUCGGCUCUUGAGCUUGACACUUUUGAAUGGACUGUAAUUCACAAAGAUGGUCACAAAUACCUUAAUGCUGAUGCAAUGUCACGUCGCCCUGCAGACACCACACCUCCAACACAGAGCACCUCGUGCACCACCUCUGUCAACCAACAAACCGACAGUAAAAGCUCAUUUUCUGUAGGUUCAACUGGACCUGUCAGUUCUGUUCAUCAUUACAGGUCCUGCAGGUCUGAUCCAGAGCCAGUUUCCAGUAACCAGUCCCCACCGCAGUCUCCUGAUCCUGAUUUACAGCAUGCUGCAACAUCAGUCUCCUCCACCUUUGUUCUGCAGCUACCUGAAGUUGACCUCAAAAAGGAACAGCAGCAAGAUUCCAUGCUGUCAGAGGUCAUAAGCUGGAAAGUUAAAGGUUGUUGUCCCUCCUACCCUAAGAGACACCGUUUUGCAGUUGUUACAUGGAAACCCAGUAACUGGUCAUCUGUCUGCAGAAAAAGUCCUGAAACGUGCUCAGCAGCUGUGCUAUUGGCCAUUCAUGUCACGUGACAUCAAACUGUGGUGUAAGCAAUGUAUCCCAUGUGAAGCAAGACGGAGUCCUGUUCCUCACCAUAAAGCUCCCAUGAAAACAAUAGUUGCUACUGAACCCUUCCAAAAAGUUGCUGCUGACAUACUUGAGCUCCCCAUCACGAGUCGUGGUAAUAGGUAUGUGCUUGUGGUUCAAGAUUAUUUCACCAAGUAUGUCAAUCUAUAUGCCAUGCCAGAC